CCAGUCUUGCUAGUGAUGCACCGCCGCCUCGGCCUCGUCACCGCGGCCACUGCACUCCGGCGGUUCUGCAGCCACCGCCCGCCUCCGCCACCGGACCGGCGGCUCGCCUUCCUACGCUCGGAGCUCGAAGACCUAGACCUCUCCCGCGCACCAGCACAACCGCCGCCCCGGGAGCAAUGGCAAGUGACCCAAGAGCCAGGAGGCGGCGGCGCUCGCGCGGGGGACAAGCCGGUGGCCGUGGACAUCGCCCACCCGUGGCCGGAGUGGGUGGCGCUGAUGGAGCUCCUCCUCCGUAAGGGCCACCUCGACCCCUCCGCCUUCGCCGGGGCCGCGCCGUCCAAGGACUCCAACCUCGUCCGCACCGCCUGCCUCCGCUUCGGGCGCGAGCGUCCGGAGAUCGUCAGGUAUCUGUCAAGAUGGGAUAUUCAGGUCGCUCUGCGUGGUGGGUGCCCUAGCAUUGACAGGAAAGUUAUUAAUUCUGGGAAGCGAUUGCGUGCUCAUGUAGGACUUGAUGAGGGAGAGGUUUGCAGCCAAUGCAAUUUAAGGGGAAGUUGUGAGAGGGCAUAUGUAAGGGCUCGUAAAGAGGAAGUGGGCAGAACUGUGGAUGUUAUGCGCAUCCUCCUGACUUAUGGUCUUGAUAUCAUUACUGGUAAUGUGGGGAACAAAGCAUGCCUAAACAAAACUGUUAAAGAAUCCAUUAAGAAACUACUGAAUGAGGUUGUUGAGCUCGACUCCAAGGGGCCUGGUUCCACAACUGAUAAAGCUGCACAACGUAUACCAAAAGGUCAAUCCGCUGUACCUGUGAAGCAGGGUGACUGGAAUUGUCCCAAAUGCAACUUCCUUAACUUUGCAAAGAAUAUCAAAUGUUUGCGCUGUGAUGGCGAAUUUCAAGAGAGAUAUCACUUGAUGCAUGAGGACCAAGAUCAUCUACCCCUCAAAAAAGGUGACUGGAUUUGCAAAAGGUGCAACUUCUUGAAUUUUGCGAAGAAUACACGGUGCUUGCAGUGUCAUGACAAACCAACAAACCGUUUACUCAGUCCAGGAGAAUGGGAGUGUGCCUCGUGUAACUACCUGAACUUCAAGAGGAACGCGUUCUGCUUGAAAUGUGGUUGGAAAAGACCAAAAGCAUUAAACGACCAAGACACUAUCGAACCACACCGUGAUCUGGAGCAGAAUAAGCACCCCGCUAUUUCAUUCGUUCAAGAUGGCAUCCAGCCGACAUUGCGAAAGCGACAACUUGUGCAAAAAAGGGCCCCACUAUCUGAUGAAGAUUCAGAUUUCUGGAGCUCGGAGGAGGCAGACGACGAUGACGACAAUGAGAACAGCAUGCUCCCAAUGCACAGGGACUACAAAUUCCUCGACAGUUUCCCCAUUGUCGGGGGCAGGACUGCCACUUCCCAAGAACCUCUGGAGAGGGAAAAAUGGAAGGAAGAGAUGUCCAGGGGGGAGCAGGGGCUUCCAGGAGAGGCAUCAGAAGAAAGUAAUCGCUCCUCCCCUCGUGUUCCCAGAAGCAUGGAGAUGAUCGAGGACGACGACGACGACGACGAUAUCUCAUCAUGGUUUUCUGGUGCGAACAGUAGUAGAAACCUGAAAAACUUCCGUGAGAACAUGGUAUCCAAGGAGCAGAAAUUUAUGGCAGACUACAAUGACAUAUUGGUCCAUUCCAUCCAGCGCAGCUCAGGGGGGAAGAGGAAGAGGCGGCCGAAGCUGGAGGUGGAAGAGGGGCUCGCCAUGGGCUCCGAGGGAUCCGCGCCGGUCGUCGUUCCCAGAAACUUCAGACUUUUGGAAGAACUUGAGAGAGGUGAGAAGGGCAUUGGUGAUGGAACUGUGAGCUAUGGGAUGGAUGAUGCUGAUGACAUAUAUAUGCGCUCCUGGACAGGAACUAUUAUUGGUCCACCCAAUACUGUUCACGAGGGACGAAUCUAUCAAUUGAAGUUGUUCUGUGAUACAGAUUAUCCAGACAAACCACCGACUGUCCGGUUCCAGGCUAGGGUCAAUAUGACAUGUGUGAAUCAAGAAACUGGAAUGGUUGAUCCAAGACGAUUUCCUAUGCUUGGAAACUGGAAAAGGGAACAUACAAUGGAGGACAUCCUCAUCAGCCUUAAAAAGGAGAUGUCAACCCCUCAGAACCGCAGGCUCCACCAGCCUCAUGAAGGCAACGAUGAUCAGAGAGUGGAGCAGAAAGGGCUAGCAGCUAGAUGUGUCGUUAUGUAAGAUACGCGCAUUGCAAUGUACAGUGUUACACUGAGUAGCAUCAGAAUGCAGAAGCCGAGGAAACCCAGGAGGAAAUCAUGUAAUUUGACAGUCGCUAGUCGCUACUUUCGAUCGAAACUGCUCUAUUGCCAGAAUAAAAUGCCAAUGACUUCGUUAAUCAGUCUGCAUCAUUUAGCAAUAUCAAGAGCCAUGUGCCUGCUGUUUCUUUCUGUUA